AUGCUGUUUCCUUGGGUAUUGUGUGCAGUUGUGCUGACAGGGAGUGGUAAAGUUCACGAAGAUGAGUGGAUUGACCCCACGGAUAUGCUCAAUUAUGAUGCAGCAUCAGGAACAAUGAGAAGACCUUACAAGGGAAACUAUCAUGACUCUGAGGAUAAGGCUGUGGAUACAGUCAAUACUGAAAUCUCAUCAAGUUGCUCCAGGGCAAUAGAGUCCUUGCAACAGAAGGUUGCAGACUGUGAGAGGAGAAGUGCCAAAUCACAGGACAACCGAAGCUUUUAUAUUUUUAAGCGAUACUUGAACAAGAUUUUAAAUGAAGCUGCAAAACUUGGCCUUCCUGAAGAAAACGUGGGCCAAGUCCAUUACGAUGCUGAGAUCAUCCUUACAAAACAGACAUAUUUGGAGAUCCUUAGGUUUCUCAAUGAGGAAACCUGGCAGUCAGGGGCCAUGGAUGAUGCACUUAGUGAUAUUUUGAUCAAUUUUAAACACCAUGAUUAUGAAGCUUGGCACUGGAGAUUUGAAGACACUUUUGGAAUUGAUCUAUAUAAUAUGUUUCUGCUACUCCUGUGCUUGCUGUGCAUUGUCAGUGUAAUAGCUACAGAGCUCUGGACACACAUUCAUUGGUUUGUUCAGCUAAAACGUAUUCUACUAAUCAGUUUUCUCAUCAGUUUUGCAUGGAAUUGGCUCUAUUUGUAUAAGUUGGCCUUUGCGCAGCACCGAGCGGACGUUGCGAAAAUGGGGCAGUUUGAUAACGUCUGCGCUGAGAAGUUGGACUGGGGCGAAAGUCUUUUUCAAUGGCUCAGAAGUACAUGGACGUUUCAGGAUGAUCCCUGUCAGAAGUACUAUGAAACUCUACUUGUAAAUCCUGUUUUGCUGGUUCCACCAACAAAGGCCUUGGCAAUUACUUUCACCAACUUUGUGACUGAGCCUUUGAAGCAUGUGGGUCAAGGUAUUGGCGAAUUCAUCAAAGCACUUAUGAAGGAGAUACCAUUCCUUCUGCAGAUUCCAGUGCUUGUCAUUAUGGCUCUGGCUGUCGUGGCCUUCUUCUAUGGUGCAGGAUCAUCAGUGUCUGUGUUAAGAUACUUAACAUCUUCUCAGAGGAAAAGUCUUGCUCCACCUGAGAGUCAUCCAGAGAAAAUAGACUUUGGGCAGUAUGAUGAGAGCAGAGCAGAUGACUAUUACUUGCAGAAACAUCCUUACCUUUACAGAGGACACCAGGACCGAGGAGAUGCCUCUGCGAGACCUCUCCUGACUGUGAGAGCAGGAAAUGGCAGCAGAAGUCCCAUCAAGGCCUAUGCCAGGGAUGAGCCAGACAUGCAAGUGGAAGAGUCACACAAACCAGAACCUAAUAAUAGAUUGCACACUGAGUCUGAAGUUCAUAGAGCAGAAACUCUCAAAGCUGAAAACCUUACUGAAGAACCUGCACCUGAGCAGCAAAAACAGGAGAAAAGCAAAGCAGAGGGAGACACUGGAGAAAAUUGUGAACCUAAUAAAAACCUAGAAGAGAAAAGUUCUGCAGUGGAACCAUGUGAAGAGAAGAAAAAGUGCCAUUUACAAGACUCACAAGAAGGAGAUUAA